AUUGCAGGGAGUGGUCAUUCAGUUUAUGUUUUUCGACCACAUAUGUGGUCUCUUGAUUCUUACUUUCGACCUUCACGGUCUCGACUCACGGUUUUCGACCUCCACGAUCUCGACUCUCGAUAUUCGACCUCCGCGGUCUCGACUCUCAGUUUUCGACCUCCACGGUCUCGACACUCGGUUUUUGACCGCCACGGUCUCGACGCUCUAUUUUCGACCUCCACGGUCUCGACGCUCGGUUUUCAACCUCCACGGUCUCGACGCUCGAUUUUCGACCUCCAAGGUCUCGACACUCGGUUUUCGACCUCCACGGUCUCGACGCUCCGUUUUCGACCUCCACGGUCUCGACGCUCGGUUUUCGACCUCCACGGUCUCGACGCUCGAUUUUCGACCUCCAAGGUCUCGACGCUCGAUUUUCGACCUCCACGGUCUCGACACUCGGUUUUCGACCUCCAUGGUCUCGACACUCAGUUUUCGACCUCCACGGUCUCGACGCUCGGUUUUCGACCUCCACCGGCUCGACGCUCGGUUUUCGACCUCCACGGUCUCGACACUCGGUUUUCGACCUCCACGGUCUCGACACUCGGUUUUCGACCUCCACGGUCUCGACGCUCGGUUUUCGAUCUCAGUGGACGUUUGACUUCUGGUGUUCGACUUCAGUGGCAAGUCAUUAGGUUCUUUCCCUUAUUGACAAAUCUUUCGAUUUUCGACCCCGACAUCAGAUCAUUCAAUUUUCGACCUUCGUGGUCUUUCGGUUUUCGAUCUCGAGAUCUCAAAGCUCAUUUGGAGGAUAUUUCAGUGGUUAUUCAAUGGUCAUUUAACUUUCUAUGCUCGAUCUUAGUGGCAAGUGGAAGAAAGCGGCUCGAAGAGGCAUUUCACUCUUGGAUCGAGUUAUGCUUACUCGACCAGACAUUGAUUAUUGUUUUGAAAAUGAGUACGCCUCAAAUAUUAUUUUUGAAAAUAAAUUUCAAAAAUUUAUUCCGAAUUUUGGCAAAUAAAAGUGGGGCGCUACAGCAUGUGCGAGCUGUGAAGCGCAAAAGGGAGGAGGUUGGGAUAACUGGUCGAAUGCCAGUGAUCAGGUUUCGAGCAGAAGAUGCGGAGGGGAUCUUGCUACCCCACAAUGACGCACUGCUCAUCACGACAGAGGUAGCAGGUUUCGACGUAAAAAGGGUGUUCAUCGACACUGGGAGCUCG